UCCCCGAUUCUAAUUGCAACUCCCUUCUUCCCCAUUCACUCGGUUAAUGAUGGCGUCCCACAGUACAGGGGGCAGGGUGUCUUGCGGGAGAGAUUUGAAUUGUGUGCCCGAGGUUGCUGACACGCUUGCAGCGGUCGCUAAACUUGGUUUUGACUUCUUGUGCAUGCCUCUCUUCCACCCGAGGUUCAGGAGGGAGUUUGAGUUGGAUCCAGCCAAAGUCCGAUCUGGAGCACAUACACGCUCGGACCUGCUACUCUGUGGGCGAGACUGGAACACUCUGGUUGUUGGAAAGCUUUCUUCAUGGAUCGAGACAGACUCAGAGGUGGAGACGGAGCGCAGAAAUUCAGAAGCGGCCCUGGUCCAGGAGCUGAACUUCUCAGCGUAUCUGGGUCUGCCAGCCUUUAUGAUCCCUCUGAAGGGCCCUCACUGUGCCAACCUGGCCCGCGUGCUGCUCAACCACAUCCAGACUGGACACCACUCCUGCAUGUUCUGGAUCCGGGUCCCCCUGAUUUCCUCUGAUGAUAUGCGUGAUGACAUCAUCGAGAAUGAGCAAACGAAACACACAGAUGAUGGCAGUAAUGACGAGAAGACCUGGGCCUGGUGGCAUUCAUUCAGAACUCUUUGUGACUACAACAAGAGAAUCUGUUUAGCCAUUGAGGUUGGAGCAAACAUGCCCACCAACGCUGUGAUCGACAAGUGGCUUGGAGAGCCAAUUAAAGCAGCUAUUCUUCCCACCAGGAUCUUUCUGACCAAUAAGAAAGGGUUCCCAGUCCUUUCAAAAGCCCACCAGCAAAUCAUCUUCCGUCUAUUCAAGCUUGAGGCCCAGUUCAUCUUCACUGGCACCAGUCGUCACAGUGAGAAGGACUUCCGGUCUUACUUGCAGUACCUUGAAUACCUCAACCAGAACCGCCCUGCCCCCAAUGCCUAUGAACUGUUCGCCAAGGGUUACGAGGAUUACCUACAGUCUCCUCUUCAGCCCCUCAUGGACAAUCUGGAGUCUCAGACAUAUGAAGUGUUUGAGAAGGAUCCCAUCAAAUACUCCCAGUACCAGCAGGCUGUGUAUAAGUGUUUGAUGGACAGAGUCCCGGAGGAGCAGAAGGAGACCAAUACACAGGUGUUGAUGGUGCUGGGUGCUGGGAGAGGUCCUUUGGUCAACGCCUCCCUGCGGGCUGCCAAGCAGGCUGACAGAAAGCUCCGUAUCUACGCCGUGGAGAAGAACCCCAACGCUGUCGUCACGCUUGAGAACUGGAAGUUUGAGGAGUGGGGCGAUCAGGUGACCGUAGUGUCAUGUGACAUGAGGGAGUGGGCGGCACCUGAGAAGGCAGACAUCAUCGUCAGCGAGCUGCUCGGGUCCUUCGGGGACAAUGAGCUGUCCCCAGAGUGUUUAGAUGGAGCACAGAACUUUCUCAAAGAUGGUGGGGUGAGCAUCCCCUGUUCCUACACAUCCUUCCUGGCCCCCCUCUCUUCCUCCAAGCUGUAUAACGAGGUCCGGGGGUGCAGGGAGCGGGACAAGGACCCCGAGUGCCACUUUGAGACCCCCUACGUAGUCCGACUCCACAACUUCCACCAGCUGGCUGAGCCCAAGGCCUGCUUCACCUUCAUUCACCCUACCACAGAUAUGAACAACAACCGGUAUCAGUGCCUCAGAUUCUCUGUGGGGUGUAACACAGUGCUGCAUGGCUUUGCUGGAUACUUCGAGACCACACUCUACGGAGAUGUCACACUCAGUAUCAAGCCAGAGACCCACUCUCCUGGAAUGUUCUCCUGGUUCCCCAUCCUCUUCCCUCUCAAACAACCGAUCCCUGUGACGAAGGAUGAUGACGUCGUGGUGAGGUUCUGGAGAUGUAACAAUGGGAAAAAGGUGUGGUACGAAUGGGCCGUGACAGAGCCCUCAUGCUCCGCUAUCCACAACCCAGCAGGACGAUCCUACACCAUCGGCCUGUGAAGAUCUCACACUCGCAUACAAACACACACAUGCAUACAGACACAAUUAAACAGGCACUUAGUUGCAAAUGAAGUUGAGGUAGUCUUGCUCACAAAAGGUCUAGCAUUUUACCUAUUCACCUGUAAUAAUGAGCCUGCUCAUACCAUGAAACCUACAGACCAGGGUCACAGUGAGGUUUUAGAAACCUGCAGACCAGGGCCAAAUUGAAGGUUUAAAAACCUGCAGACCAGGGCCAAAUUGAAGGUUUAGAACCUACAGACCUGGGUCACAGUGAGGCUUUAAAACCUACAGACCAGGGCCAAAUUGAAGGUUUAAAAACCUACAGACCUGGGUCACAGUGAGGCUUUAAAAACCUACAGACCUGGGUCACAGUGAGGCUUUAAAACCUACAGACCUGGGUCACAGUGAGGCUUUAAAACCUACAGACCAGGGCCAAAUUGAAGGUUUAGAAACCUACAGACCUGGGUCACAGUGACGCUUUAAAAACCUACGGACCUGGGUCACAGUGAGGCUUUAAAAACCUACGGACCUGGGUCACAGUGAGGCUUUAGAAACCUACGGACCUGGGUCACAGUGAGGCUUUAAAAACCUACGGACCUGGGUCACAGUGAGGCUUUAGAAACCUACGGACCUGGGUCACAGUGAGGCUUUAGAAACCUACGGACCUGGGUCACAGUGAGGCUUUAGAAACCUACGGACCUGGGUCACAGUGAGGCUUUAGAAACCUACGGACCUGGGUCACAGUGAGGCUUUAGAAACCUACGGACCUGGGUCACAGUGAGGCUUUAAAAACCUACAGACCUGGGUCACAGUGAGGCUUUAGAAACCUACGGACCUGGGUCACAGUGAGGCUUUAAAAACCUACAGACCUGGGUCACAGUGAGGCUUUAGAAACCUACAGACCUGGGUCACAGUGAGGCUUUAAAAACCUACAGACCUGGGUCACAGUGAGGCUUUAGAAACCUACAGACCUGGGUCACAGUGAGGCUUUAAAAACCUACAGACCUGGGUCACAGUGAGGCUUUAGAAACCUACAGACCUGGGUCACAGUGAGGCUUUAGAAACCUACAGACCUGGGUCACAGUGAGGCUUUAGAAACCUACGGACCUGGGUCACAGUGAGGCUUUAGAAACCUACAGACCUGGGUCACAUUGAGGCUUUAGAAACCUACAGACCUGGGUCACAGUGAGGCUUUAGAAACCUACAGACCUGGGUCACGGUGAGGCUUUAGAAACCUACAGACCUGGGUCACAUUGAGGCUUUAAAAACCUACAGACCUGGGUCACAGUGAGGCUUUAGAAACCUACAGACCUGGGUCACAAUGAGGCUUUAGAGCUGGGAAUAAGAACCCAAUCAAUGAUUUAGAUGGGAGAGAUUUGAGACUAGUACUUUACAAUAUAGUUAGGAGUCAGUUUCAGGCAUGGACUAUCAUCCACAUACAUUCACAUACCUAUUGAGUUUAAGUUACUUAUUUAGCCGGCAGUCAAGAUACCCUCAAUGGCAGCGUUCAGAAAGGCAGCCGAAUUCUGAUAUUUUUUUCACUAAUUGUUCUUUUGACCAAUCAGAUCAUCUAUGAAAAAUAUCUGAUGUGAUUGGUCAAAAGACCUAUUCCAUACAAUAACGGAUAGAUGAAAUGGCUCUAAAUUGUAACUCAACACACUUAACUGGUUACAACUCCGAUACAGCAGUGUGAAGGAGAUGGGCUGUUCAGGUCAUAUGUUUUUCAGGUGUUCAUUUCUUUGUUUUGUUACAGUUUUUGUCUGAUCCAUAUUGUCAAUAAAGACAACUACUAGCAA